GUCAACACAGAAGAGGAGAACAUACAUCAAGGCAUUUGAAGAACCUCACGCAAUGCAUGAAUUCAGGCGAGGUCACAGUGGGAAAGUUGAAACGGUAUGUCAAUGAACUUUGACCGUGGGGGCGGAGCCAGGAGUUGGGGGAGGAGCCAGGUGUUAGGGGCGGAAGGAGAGGACGACAUGUUGAGGAAACAAAACGUUCAGAGAAACCAAACCCACCUGACGUGGAAGCAGUAUUCUUGUUCAGGAGAAAAAUAAGAUCCAUUUCGGAAAAGAUUGUCUGGCAGAAAGGAACAACGACAAGGAAUGGCCUCUGCUAACACUUCCUGGUCUGAAGAGAACUUUUCAUGUUCCAUCUGUCUGGAUGUGUUCAGCAGCCCAGUUUCCACACCAUGUGGGCACAACUUCUACGGAACCUGUAUUACUAAGUUCUGGGAUGAACAAGUCAAGUACAAAUGUCCCGUUUGCAACGAGCUUUUCAACACAAGACCUGAUUUACGGGUCAAUAUCCUAAUUUCAGAGAUGGUUGAUCGGUUUGGAACGUCCCUACGAGUAAAAGAGCAGCCUUGUGUUGAACCAGCAGAAGUUCCCUGUGACGUCUGUACUGGGACCCAGCUGAAAGCCGUGAAGUCCUGCCUAGUGUGUUUUACCUCUUACUGCCAAACCCACCUGGAGCCACAUCAGAGAGUCGCUGGCCUGAAGAAUCAUCGGCUGGUCGAGCCUAUGGACCGUCUGGACGACAGGACGUGUAAGAAACACGACCGACUUCUGGAGCUCUUCUGCAAGACUGAAAAGGUGUGUGUGUGUCUGUUGUGCACAGAGACGGACCACAAGUCACAUCCUGUUAUUCCUCUAAAGGAGGAAUAUGAAGAGAAGACGGCCCAGCUGGGGAAGAUAGAGGCUGAAGUUAAGCAGUUGAUCCAGGAGAGACAAAAAAAUAUUCAGGAGAUUAAAGACGCAGUCAAACGCAGCAAAGCAGACGCAGACAAAGAGAUAGCUGAUGGUGUGCAGGUCCUCACUGCUCUGAUGCGCUGCAUUGAAAAGUGCCAGGAUGAUCUCAACCAAAUAGUUAAAGUGAAAGUGAAAUCCACAGAGAAACAAGCUGAAGACCUCAUCAAAGAGCUGGAGCAGGAAAUAGAAGAUCUGACCAAUAGAAGCUCAGAGGUGAAGCAGCUCUCACAGACUAAAGACCACCUCCACUUCCUCCAGGCCUUCAGAUCCCUGAAGGAUCUUCCACCCACCCGGGACAGGACGACGGUGGAGGUCCGUCCUCCGUCAUACGUAGGGACCUUGAGGAGAUCCCUGGAUCAGCUGGAGGAGACACUGGACAUGGAGAUGAGGAAGCUGCGUGAUGCUGAACUGAAGAGGAUCCAGCAGUAUGAAGUAGAUGUGACUCUGGAUACUGAUGCAGCUUAUCCCCGUCUCAUCCUGUCUGAGGAUGUGAAACAAGUACAUGAUGGAGGUGUGAGGAAGAGACUCCCAGACAAGCCUAAGAGAUUUACUCAGUGUGCAUGUGUUCUCACGAGGCAGAGCUUCUCCUCAGGGAGAUUUUACUUUGAGGUCCAGGUUAAAGACAAGACUGUAUGGCGUUUAGGAGUGGCCAGAGAGUCCAUCGACAGAAAAGGUGGGACCAGGUGGACCCCUGAGACGGGUUACUGGACUCUUCUCUACAACAAGGAUGAGUUGGUAUUUAGAGAUAACCCUUCUGUCCGUCUCCCUCUGAGAGCUGAGCUCCAGAAGGUGGGGGUGUUUGUUGAUUAUGAUGAGGGUCUGCUCUCCUUCUAUGAUGUGGAAGCCAGGGUUCAUCUCUACUCUGCUACUGGCUGCACCUUCAGUGAGCCUCUCUAUCCAGUCCUCUACCCAGGUCCCUGUGGUUAUCAAGGUAACAACUCUGCCCCCCUCAUCAUCUCACCUGUCAAUCAAACAGACAUCUGUCCCCGGCGGGACCUGAUGGUGAUGCGGGGUCUCCUCAGGCCCAGCGUGGGGAUGACGGUGGUGGUGGAAUCAAUCGAAGCAACCGACCUGGAAGCAGUGCGCUCGUUCAGGAGAAACAUAAAACGCAUUUUUAAACACGCUGACGGAAAGAAACAGCAUCAAGGAAUGGCCUCUGCUGACACCUCCUGGCCUGAAGAGAACUUUUCAUGUUCCAUCUGUCUGGAUGUGUUCAGCAGCCCAGUUUCCACACCAUGUGGUCACAACUUCUGCAGAACCUGUAUUACUAAGUUCUGGGAUGAACAAGUCAAGUACAAAUGUCCCGUUUGCAACGAGCUUUUCAACACAAGACCCAAUUUACGGGUCAAUAUUCUCUUUUCAGAGAUGGUUGAUCGGUUUGGAACGUCCCUACGAGUAAAAGAGCAGCCUCGUGUUGAACCAGCAGAAGUUCCCUGUGACGUCUGUACUGGGACCCAGCUGAAGGCCGUGAAGUCCUGCCUAGUGUGUCUUAUCUCUUACUGCCAAACCCACCUGGAGCCACACCAUAGAGUCGCAGGCCUGAAGAAACAUCGGCUGGUCGAGCCUAUGGACCGUCUGGACGACAGGAUGUGUAAGAAACACGACCGACUUCUGGAGCUCUUCUGCAAGACUGAACAGGUGUGUGUGUGUCAGUUCUGCACAGAGACGGACCACAAGUCACAUCCUGUUAUACCUCUAAAGGAGGAAUAUGAAGAGAAGACGGCCCAGCUGGGGAAGAUAGAGGCUGAAGUCCAGCAGUUGAUCCAGGAGAGACAAAAAAAUAUUCAGGAGAUUAAAGACACAGUUAAACGCAUCAAAGCAGAUGCAGACAGAGAGAUAGCUGAUGGUGUGCAGGUCCUCACUGCUCUGAAGCGCUGCAUUGAAAAGUGCCAGGAUGAUCUCAACCAAAUGGUGAAAGAGAAACUGAAAUCCACGGAGAAACAAGCUGAAGACCUCAUCAAAGGGCUGGAGCAGGAAAUAGAAGAUCUGACCAAUAGAAGCUCAGAGGUGAAGCAGCUCUCACACACUGAAGACCACCUCCACUUCCUCCAGGCCUUCAGAUCCCUGAAGGAUCCUCCACCCACCAGGGACUGGACCACGGUGGAGGUCCGUCCUCCGUCAUACGUAGGGACCUUGAGGAGAUCCCUGGAUCAGCUGGAGGAGACACUGAACAUGGAGAUGGAGAAGCUGCAUGAUGCUGAACUGAAGAGGGUCCAGCAGUAUGAAGUGGAUGUGACUCUGGAUCCUGAUACAGCUCAUCCCUGGCUCAUCCUGUCUGAGGAUGGGAAACAGGUACAUGAUGGAGAUGUAGAGAAGGAACUCCCAGACAACCCUAAGAGAUUUACAGAGUAUUUAUUUGUUCUCACGAGGCAGAGCUUCUCCUCAGGGAGAUUUUACUUUGAGGUCCAGGUUAAAGACAAGACUGUAUGGUCUUUAGGAGUGGCUAGAGAGUCCAUCGACAGAAAGGGUUGGAGCACGUGGACCCCUGAGAACGGUUACUGGACUCUUCUCUGCAACAAGGAUGAGUUGGUAUUUAGAGAUAACCCUGAUGUCUGUCUCCCUCUGAGAGCUGAGCUCCAGAAGGUGGGGGUGUUUGUUGAUUAUGAUGAGGGUCUGCUCUCCUUCUAUGAUGUGGAAGCCAGGGUUCAUCUCUACUCUGCUACUGGCUGCACCUUCAGUGAGCCUCUCUAUCCACUCCUCUACCCAGGAUUAUAUUACAGAGGUAACAACUCUGCCCCCCUGAUCAUCUCACCUGUCAAUCAAACAGACUAGGACCUUUGUUUGGUAAUAAAAUAAUCAAACGACCAAAACAACUAAUGUUGUUUCCUGAAUUAGAAUCUCUACUAUGGGAGGUCUGAGAGAACUGUAUUCAUAUCUUACUCUUCACUGUCAUCUAAGGAGUAAUUCAUUAAGCCAUUAACACUGUGCUAUUAAAAAUAUAACCCAUUAUAACCUAUAAGGCUACACUAUAAUGUUCAAUGUCUUUUAUCUGAUUGUUUUUUUAUAUUUUUAAUUAAUGAAAAAAGAAAUGUAUUAGAUAAGGUGAAACAUUGAUUUUGAUAACAUUAUCAUUAGUUGUUUUAACCAAAUAGUAAUAUUCCUUUAUUAUUUUUGAAUCAUU